AUGGCCCCAAUUCUUGUUGCCACUGUCCCUGCCCAGCAGCAGCAGCAACAGGUAGAAGGUGGGCCGAGACGCUUCGAACGGACCUGGGACCCAAAGUGUCCAAUAGACGAUAUCAUGAACACCGACAUGUCACCGGUGUUGCCCAAGCGGGAAUUCAAUCCGGUCAUAGUUCCGGUCAUGUCCCCGGCCCCGGUAGGGGGCUCACUAUUGCAGGCACCUCCGAGUCCUCAGUUGUCGGCGCCUGGGCCCUCGAGAAUCCCUGGGCUGUCGACGAUGCCUGAGCCCUCGGUGACGCAUCCGCCCCCAGCAAUGCCCAGACUGAAUGCCAGGGGACGAAAGCUACUCCCGGAUGGCCCAAUCAAGAGGCGUACGCAGGAUUUGAGCACGUCUCAAAGCAGUACACAAUCCUCGAUCUCGGCGCCGAAACAACGUGCGGCUCUAGUCUUGGCUCCAGCUGCAGCUGCGGCUCCAGCUCUAGCCUCAGCUGCGGCUCCCGCUCCUGCAUCUACCCAAAUCACCGCACAACCAGCGGUCGUGGCAGUCGUCAACCAGAAGUCGAAGCCAAAGAAAGAGAACGAGAAGGUACGCUGCACCUGCAGCUAUUGUGUAGAGAAGCAUGGUCCCAACGGCAACAUGAUUGCCGAGAAGACGUGGAAGGAGCACAAACGUGCCGACAUGACCGCGAAAGAAGGGACGGUGCAGGAUCCAAAGUGCAGAAAAUGCCAGAAGCAAACAUAUCCACAUCACCCAGGCACGGAAAGCCUGGUCCUUGUGCAGACCUUUGGACAAACCUCCACCGGUCAUAGGGAGAAGACAAUCAAGGAUGCCCUUCGAGGCUACCCGGACUUGAAGCAGCAUUGUCAUCGAGGUCAGUCCGAUUACCAGAUCAAGGCCAAGACUGAGAUAGUGCCGCAGUUGCUCAUUGAAUCUCGUACCUUAUCAGCGUCUUAUCCCAUGAGCGCAUUGAGAAGUCCGAGAUGGGCUGAAGCGGGCCUGCCCACUCAGUUUCCUAGACUGUCGACAGGGGCCAGGUCCGGCGUUAGCCAAGCGCGGUCACGAUGA